AUGGGUAAGAAAGGAGGAAAGAAGAACAAGAAGGGCAGCAAGCCCGUCGCUGCUGCUGUAGAGAAUGUCAAGGACGUGGUUGAACCCGAUCAAACCGAGGAGCAGACCAAGCAAACCGAAGGCCAGACUGAGACCGCCGAGCAGACAGCGGCGCCCGAGACUGCAACACAGCCUACCGAGACCGUCGCCGAGCCCAUUAAGGCGCCCGAGGCCCCCGCAACUGAGAUCCCAGCUGUAGCGGAGACUAAGGAUGUGGAGACCAAGGAGGCUGUGACGGCCGAGAAAGUCCUCGCGACAGAGGGUACAGUGGAUGAGGCUGUGGAGAAAGCGCAGGCCUCCAAGGCCGGCCAGUUGGGCGAGUUGGAAGAUGGCGCUGCCGCAGGCACUGCUCUCCUCCCGGAGACGACCCCCAAGGAGCCCGCUUCCUUGGCUACCACGGCCGGCGUUCCUGCGACACUGGCCGAGCGCCCCAAGACAUCGGAAUCAACCGCCCCUGCUGCCGUUGCGCCUGAGCCUACUGCCGCCCCCGUCGAAAGCGAUGCUGCCCACACCAAGCGGCCGUAUGAGAAGCCCAUCUUCAACAACGAAGAGAACCUCAAGCCCCACAAGAUGCCCAAGACUGACGAGGAGGCGCUCCCGGCUAGCGUGGCGGAGGACAAGAAGGCCGUUGAUACCUUGGCCGGUGCUGGACCCGCUUCCACUGCUGCGCUCACGACCCCUGAGCCUGUGCCUGUCCAGGAUGAGGCACCCAAGGUUGCUGAGGAGAAGGUCGAGGCACCUAAGGAGGUUGCCGAGACACCCAAGGUUGACGAGGAGAAGAAGGUCGCUGAGGCACCUAAGGAGGCUGCUGAGACACCCAAGGUCGCCGAAGAAAAGAUCCCUGCCGAGUCUGGCCCCAAGACCACUCCUGCUCAAUCCGGCGCCGACAAGCCUGCUUCCUCUCCUGAAGCGGUCGCCGCCGCGAACGCUGCCAUUCUCUCUGCUAAGGGCGAUAAGGCUGCUGCUGCUGGUGCCGCCGAGCCUGUUGUUAAGGAGGCUGAGCCCAAGAAGCCCGAAGCUGCCUUGAAGCGUGGCGAGGAGCCGCUCCCUAAGCCUGAGUCCAAGGCUGAGCCUGUCAAGGAGGAGACUGGCAAGGCCCAACAGGAGACUCAGAAGACAUCUGAGGUAGCAGAGCAGGUUGAGAAGAAGAAGGGUGGUUUCCUGUCCUGGUUGAAGCGCAAGUUCAAAUGA